CCUACUACUACUACUACUAGUGCUACACGUGAAAUACAACAACAGAACGGUUUCCCGAUUAGCUAGCUAGUACUAUCUCUUUCGGCUUCUUGUUAAAACCAGGAGAACGACGGUCCAUCAAGUUUGAAAUGGGGUGCAAAGUGGAAGAUGACCAGGUUGUUGGAGAUUUAGAGGCAAAUGAGAGUGAUGUUGAUUCUGAAAGUAACAAUGAAAACUCAGAUGAAGAGGAUGAACAAGAUACAGAUGGUUUUGAUGAAGAUGAAGGUGAUUCAGAGGGAGAAGAUAACGAUGCUUCUGAGAGCAGGAAAAGAAAAAUAUCAGAUAAUGAUGAAAUGCCAUCAAAAGCAGCAAAGAUUGAAGAUGAAGACAAAAGCCUGUAUAAACUACCAACUGUAGAUGAGCUUAAUAUGUUGAGGGAGACUCAAAUGCUGUUCCAUUCUAAUCUUUUUAGAAUGCAGAUGGAAGAACUGUUAUUAGAAGUAAGUAUUAAGGACAAACACCGACUCCAGUUAAAUCAGUGGCUUAAUCAGUUUACUUCUUUUGUGAAAGCUCUUCCACCAUCUCCUGCUUAUCAGCUGAGUGCUACUAAAUGGUUGAAAGAAAACAAUGUUGUCGACCCUUUAUUACUGCCAGAAAGUAAAGGGUGCUUCCAAUAUAUUCCUCCAACUGAAGUUAAAUUUGUUGGUGGUGCAGCUGUUGGAACGUUACUGAAUACUGAUGAAACCGUUGAUGUUAUGCUUGUGCUUCCAAAGGAAAUUGUGAACUUUAAAGAUUUCAAAGAUGGGAGAUGGCUUGCUAAGCGAACCAAAUACCUCUCGUGGAUAGCCUUCAAUAUUCGAGGCAAGGCUGACUUGGUGACAAACAUUAACUGGACUUGUCAUCUAGGAAAUUCAGGUCGGCCAGUAUUGCAGGUAACUCCAGCAGGUGGAAUUGGCAAGAAAUGGAGAGUUAACCUUUAUCCAGUUCCAGACACAACAAGCCUGAAAUUGUCAUUGUUUUCUCCUGAAAGGUGGACUGUUUCACCUACUUGGUAUUUCAGUGAUGAGAGUGCAAAGGAAGAGGAAUACAAAGCAACACCACAUUGCAAUUGGUCUAGUGCUAUAGACGUUGUGAUGCAAGACCAUUUUCAGCACAUUAGUGGCACCAUUAGUCAGCAUUCAAACAUGAUACAGGGAAUAAAGCUACUGAAGGUUUGGUUAGCACAACGAAAUUUCAGCAAGGGACUGAGGAUGAUAUCUAGUCAUGUUAUUGCAAUGUUGGUUAUUCAUCUUCUUCAGGCACGUAAAAUUAAUUCUCAGAUGUCAGGAUAUCAGGUUUUUAGAACUGUUAUUCUCAACCUUGACUCCGUGGACUGGAGUGUAAAAGGGACAUGUAUGAAGAAUGACUCUCCAGAGGAUGUGCCUUCAUUGGACAAGCUUCAUGAUUUGUUUGAAGUUGUAUUUAUGGAUCCAUCUGGCAUGGUUAAUUUGGCAGGAAAUUUGAUGAAAGAGGACUUUUUAUUGCUGAAACAUGAAGCACAUUUGGCCCUUCAAAUUUUGAAUUCUUCAUCGGCUGACAGUUUUGAGUUUCUUUUCAUGAAGAAAAGGGAAUUUUACCAGCUUUGUGACCAGAUCUUAUCUCUGAGGCUAAGUAGAAAACACUUUAGAAGGAUUGUGGAGAGGCAUGGGAACAUCAAACAACACACAUUAGAUGAUUUGGGAGAUUUACGCUUUUCUGCAUCUUCUUUCAUCUUGAAGACCUUGAAGAAAGGUUUGGGAGAUCGUGUGAGGCUCAUGGUUCCAAAGAGAGAUGCUGUACCUGUGUGGCCUGUUGAAAAACCUCCUCCAAAGUGGAAGGCAUCCUUAGACAUUGGCCUUGUAAUUGAUGAGACAGCAGCCAAAGCUUUGUUAACAAAGGGCCCAGCUGCUGAUGAACCCGAGGGCAAAGAUUUCAGGGAAUUUUGGGGAGAAAAAAGUAAUCUCCGGCGUUUCCAAGAUGGGAGUUUUCAUGAAGCUGUUUUAUGGGGAGAAAUCAAUCAGCCAGUUGGUGAUCGCCGUCUUAUCCCUGGAUUAGUUGCUGCAUAUAUACUUAAUUUCCACUAUGAUGUUGGGGAAGGUGAUGUUUCCUACAUUUGCAAGGAAACAGAGUCUAUUUUGCAUCUUGAUCAUUGUUUGAUGCCUCACAAGUAUGGGACUGGUGAAGAGGCAACUGUAGAAGCUAUUCAAGGUUUUGAUUCACUCUCACGUAAACUUCGCUCCUUAGACCUCCCUCUUAAGAUUACUUCUGUUCAGUCUACAUCAGAAGUAUGUAGGCACACAAGUGUUUUUCCACCUCUAGCUAGAAAAUUGAUGAUCCCAGGAAAGGGAUUGGAAAAAUGCGAGUCCCGAGUCCAGUUUUCUGAACAAUAUGGAAAUGUUCCAUCUUAUAAUUAUGCUAUAGAAGUAAAUGUUUUCUUGGAGACCAGUGGAAAGUGGCCAGACGAUUUGGUGGCUAUACAAGCAAUUAAAGCAGAAUUUUACAAGACAAUGGCAUCUCAACUGAAGGCUGAUGGAGUAGCAGCUCUGGCAUUCCCUAAAAAUCUGCAAGUUCUAUGGCAUGGGUACUUUUUCCAUGUGAAAGUUUGUUAUCGUAGGGAAAUAUAUCUUUGUCGGUUGUUAGAGAAUGAUGAAGGUGUCCUUCGCGAACAAGACACAGAUGAUGCAAUAAAAUUGGAGACAGAUUUAGAAAUCAUGCCUAGAUUAACUACUGCUCUUGCCAGUGUUCAAGCAGAGCACCCAAGUUUCAACUGUGGUGUGCGUCUUUGUAAGCGAUGGGUAGGUUCACAGCUUCUGCUUCCACAUCUCCCACAUAUGGCAGUAGAUUUACUUGUGGCCUAUUUGUACACCAAUCCUGCUCCUUAUGAUGCACCUCAUACUCCACAUGUUCUUUUUGUGCGUUUUUUGGCACUACUGGCUCACACGGACUGGAGGACAACACCAAUUCUUGUCAAUCUUCAGGACACAUUUACAGUUGAAGAUAUUACAGAACUGAACAGAAGGUUUACUUCUGAACGUUCUAGUUUACCAUCCAUGUUUAUAGCAACUCCAUAUGAACUUCGAGGCUUGUCUUCAUCAGAAAAUGCCAGUUAUCGGUAUAGGCUUGCCUCAAUGUGGACCAUGGAGUCACCUUCUUUACCAAUUAUUUAUCGUUGCCAACAGUUAGCAUCUGCUGCUCAUGAUUAUAUGGUGAAUACCAUGCUCAAAAACUCUUUUGAUAUUAAGUUAAUAUUUCGUCCAAGUUUAGAUGACUUUAAUGUCGUAAUCAAAUUGCAAGAAUCCCAGUUGAGUCGUCGCAAAGAGUCAGUUGAUGCCAGCAUGCCACAAGCCAAGUUCAUUAAGCCCUACAAACACCACAGGAAAGAAAUAAUGCCUGUUGUGAUGUUUGAUCCUGCAGAGAUGUAUCUUAGGGAAUUAAGGGCAGCAUUUAGUCAUCUUGCCUUAUUCUUUCAUGAUGAAUUUGGUGGAAAUGUAAUUGGAUUAGUUUGGAAACCAUCUGCACUGCAAGAACAAGAUUUGAAGGUUGGGAGCCUCGACGGUCAUCGAAUUUUUGGAGUAAAAACUGCAAAGCAGGUUCCGAAUAUGGAAGCCAUUCUUUCAGAUAUUGAAAUAAUUGGUGAAGGUUUGGUGGAAAGUGUUACUGUAAAUGAUAAAACCUAAUCUAUAAUAUAAAGUCAUUUUUUAA